AAAGAUUUUAUAUACAUUUGUCCUUCAAAUGACAGUACACUGACCACAGCCUUUUAUGCUUGAGAGAUAUAGGCCUAAUACCCAGACAACAAUAUACUCUGGUUCAACAAUGCCAUACAGGUCCUAUACACAGAUUGCAUUCAAAAGGUAACGGUAACUGUAAUUGGUUUAGACUUUAAAGGAAAAACACUUCUCCAAAUGCAACAGCUCAGCUCUCACUUUUAAUGCACGACUCUUGCCAACACAUUGGUCAAGUACUGAAGAAUUCAACAUGCAUUACGAGGACAUUUUGAAUCAUAUCGGGCCUUUUUGCAAGUACCAGAAACUGCUGGUGUUUGCCUUGUUUAUGGUUAAGAUUCCAACCGCAUUUCACUCCAUAGGGCAGGUGUUCCUGGCUGCUAACACCGAUCACUGGUGUGCAGUACCAGCCAGCCAGAUGAUCAACUGCAGCCAACUCCAGCUGGCAGAGUGUCAAGAAGAGCAGAAGAGCUACAGUAUUCCCUAUGAGAUUGAUGAUGAUGGAAACAAAGUCUACUCCUCGUGUGAGCGGUAUGUCAUGAAUGAUGAAGACGUUGGUAGAAACAUGAGUUUUAAUUCAACGGACGUCAUCUCCUGUGAUGCUGGCUGGAAAUUUGAUCACUCGAGCUACAAGUCCACCAUCAACGAAGAUUUCAGCUUGGUCUGUGACAGACAGGAUCUACCUGCCUAUGCCCAGUCAGUUUGGUUUGCAGGACUGCUAGUUGGUUCCUUGGUGUGGGGUUCUGUGGGUGACUGGAUUGGUAGGAGAAAGACCUUUAUUUUAAAUGUCAUUCUUGUCACAAUUUCAUCGACUGUUACAUCUUUUGUGCCCAACUUUACUGCCUACACUGCCAUGCGCUUCUUUACAGCAGCCUGUGCAUACGGUAUAUAUCUCAUGAUAUACGUCUUAGCUUCUGAAAUAGUUGGUCGUAAAAAUCGUGUAGGUGCAACAACUGUGCUAUUUCUAGCCUUUGCUGUAGGUUACAUGAUUCUGUCCCUUCUGGCAUUCCUUCUGAAAGAAUGGCGCCACCUACAGUUAGCUAUAUCACUCCCUUUCGUCCUGACUUUUCUUGUGAUCAUUGUGUUCCCUGAAUCUCCUCGCUGGCUGAUAACCCAAGGCAGAUACAAAGAAGCUACCAAAAUCAUUGAAAAGAUAGCUAAAGUGAAUGGUACCGAGGCUCCAGAAGACUUACUGGACAAACUGAGUGAAGAAAGCAAAGAAGACAAGAAGCAGCCUUCUCGCAUCCCUGUCACCCAACUUGAUCUGAUCCGCACUCCCAACCUCCGCAAGAAAACUCUCAUCCUUUGGGUUGACUGGUUUGUUGCCAACAUGGUAUAUUACGGACUAUCUCUGAGUACCUCUGCCUUGGGGGUAGAUGAUUACCUUGCUGCCUUUGUCUCUGGUGCCAUAGAGAUACCCAGCUAUCUUUUCUGUUGGUAUAUGAUGGACCGUUUUGGCAGACGCAUAACCCUAGUUGCCUUCUACAUCUUUGGUGGAGUGUUUUGCCUCAUUACAAUCUUCAUUCCUCUUGGAGCUGCCAGAGCUGCAGUUGCCAUGUUCGGCAAAUUUGCAAUCAGUGCAGCAUUCGUUCACAUCUACAUCUACUCUCUUGAAAUCUAUCCAACCAUCAUCCAGAGUAUCGGCAUGGGUACAUCUUCCAUGAUGGCUCGUGUUAGUGGCAUCCUCUGUCCUAUCAUCUUGAUCCUGGGCAAGUACUGGAAACCACUACCUCUCUGUGUCUUUGGAGGAAGCGCCAUCAUUGCUGGAGUCUUGUCUCUGAUGCUCCCAGAGACCAUGGGAUACAGUCUGCCUGAUACCAUUCAGGAUGGAGAGAACUUCGGCAAGGGAAGAAGCUUCCAGCUUUGCGUCAAGGGCAAUGAUGAUGGAGAGGAUGAGAGUCCCACUCAAGCUCCUAUCGACUACCUGCCACUACCCACAAUGGAUCAAACUCCAAAACAAACUGUGGAUGUCUGAAUGGUUUAAAAUAUUGUGUUGUUUUAACUUGAUACAUAUAUGGUUGGUUUAUGCAUUUAUACUAUUUCUUAAAAAUUAUUUUGGAUAUUUUUAAAAGGGAAAAUGGUUUGAAGUUGUGAUUUUGUGUAGCUUGCUUAUACAGGGUGAGUAAAAAAACUAAAACCUUAAUGUCGGGACUUGGGACUAUUGUUUUAGUUAAGUUAUGCA